CACACCAUCUUCCACCUGUACUACACUCACGAUAGCCGCACCUGCGCUGCACGCCGGCCUUCCAACUUUAACGUGCUUCACUUCUCAUCGAUCAUCAUCCGCCUUGCCGUAUGGAUGCCAUGUCAUGCCUGGCGCCGCCACCAUCGGCGUCGUUCCUCUCGGCCUCCUCGCCCGGGCCGGCCUACUACACCGACGCCGCCAUCACGCAAGCGCUGCACUUCUCCUCUAUGUCCAUGCCCCAGCACGAGUACGCUUACUCCCCCGCAGUCUCCUCCCCCUCCUCCGCCUCGGGGCCCUCCUCGUCCUCUCUCCUCGCGGACUUCUCAUGCGGCGCCGGGGACAGCAGCUGGUUCGCCUCCACGGCCGCGCCGCCGAUGGGAUCGCUCGCCUGCGACUCCGUCGCGCCGUCCACCCCCGUCCGCGCCACGGCGAACAAGAGGCGGGUCGGCCUUGGGCCCAACGCAGCGGGCGCCGGCCGGGCCGGGAAGCGGCGGGCGAGGCCGUCAAAGCGCGCGCCGACCACGUACAUCAGCACCGACGCCGCCAACUUCCGGCUCAUGGUGCAGCACGUCACGGGCGUCCAGGCCGAGCCCGGUGCGGCAGACGGCAGCGUCCUGCCCGCGUCGUCGUUCGACGCGUCGUCCCCCGCCCUGCUGCUGGAGCUGGACUGCACCGCUUUCGACUGCGCGUUCGGGGACGCGCUGCGGCUGCCGUCGGACGACGACGCGGCGGCGCUCCAUCGCCACCACCAACAGCAGCUGGUGCAGCAACAGCAGCCGUGCUUCCCUACGCUGGACUCGUGGAGCGUCAUGUACGAGAGCAGCCAGCUGAUCUAGACGAUCAAGCUCCACUCCAUUUGCGAGGAAGCCUGCUGCUCAUGCCGGCAAUCGAAACCCUGACUUCGCCUGGACGGUAGAAGAACACAAAGUAGAUAGUUCACCUACACAGACUCAACACCACACAUUAUCUCAGACAAGACUAGCCAGGACUAAUGUAAGCAUACCGCCACGAAUUAGGGACUGUUUGGUUGGUUAGCAAAGUGUACCUUGCCAAUAUUUUGAAAAGAAAGGGGUUCCCCCGCCACAACUUUUAU